AUGGUGUACUCGUCUCUCUCAGACCCCGAGCACGUCCGCUGCAUGCGACUCGCACUGGACGAGGCCAGCAAGUGCGAGCCGACAUCCACCGCCUUCUGUGUCGGUACGUGGUCUGAGCUUCAUCGCUGUACAAAGCAGAUACUUAUCUCACUUUCAAUGCUUCUCCAACUCCAGGAUGCGUGAUCACCGCGCCCUCGUCGGACGGAUCGUACUCAACGAUCGCGAUGGGCUACUCACGCGAACUCGAGGGCAACACUCACGCCGAACAGAUCGCAUUGACCAAACUGGCAUCUACAUCAACCUACUCUUCGGGGUUACCUCCCUCUACCAGACUCUAUACGACGAUGGAGCCUUGCUCCUUGCGCCUCUCGGGCAACCUGCCUUGCGUCGACCGGAUAUUGCAGACCUCGAUACGGCAAAUCUACGUCGCCGUCCUCGAGCCCGACGACUUUGUGCAAGACGUACAGGGGGUUCAGAAGCUACUGAAUGCAGGGAGACAAGUGGUUGUCGUCGAGGAUCCGGGCUUGAAGGAAGAAUGUCUCCGAGUAGCUAGACGAGGCCACCUUUCCAACGGCGCGGCGGCUCCGGAUGCACUCGUGUCGGCUGCAAAAUGA